AGCUGCUGGGUCCCCGCCGCGUUUACCUGAGCGCUGGCUCCGGGAAGGUCGGGGGUGGGACGGGACGGCGGCCGGGCGCGGAAAUCCCACGCGGGGGUCGCAGGGAGCAGGCUGGUCCGGGCGAGUCCGCUCUCAGCUUCCUGGGAGUUACUGAUUGUCUUUGAAGAAACAUGAAGUCACACUGUGUUGUUAUGCUUACUCUACCCCUCCUGGUGUUCCUGACCUGGGUCCCUGUGUCGCUGAGUUGUAAUAAGGCACUCUGUGCCAGUGAUGUGAGCAAAUGCCUCAUUCAGGAGCUCUGCCAGUGCCGACCUGGAGAAGGAAAUUGUUCCUGCUGUAAGGAGUGUAUGCUGUGUCUUGGGACCCUUUGGGAUGAGUGCUGUGAUUGCGUCGGUAUGUGUAAUCCUCGAAAUUACAGUGACACACCUCCGACUUCAAAGAGCACUGUGGAGGAGCUUCACGAGCCAAUCCCUUCUCUCUUCCGGGCGCUCACGGAAGGAGACACUCAGCUGAACUGGAACAUCGUCUCCUUCCCUGUUGCAGAAGAACUUUCACAUCAUGAGAAUCUGGUUUCCUUUUUAGAAACUGUGAACCAGCCACACCAUCAAAAUGUGUCUGUUCCCAGCAAUAAUGUCCACGCACCUUAUUCUAGUGACAAAGAACACAUGUGUACGGUGGUUUACUUUGACGACUGCAUGUCCAUACAUCAGUGUAAAAUAUCCUGCGAGUCCAUGGGGGCCUCCAAGUACCGCUGGUUCCACAACGCCUGCUGUGAGUGCGUUGGCCCGGAGUGCAUCGACUACGGCAGUAAAACUGUCAAGUGUAUGAACUGCAUGUUUUAACGAAGGAAAGAAAUGAGAACCAAAGCGAUGUCAUCAGAGGUAUGAAAAGCUGCUCAGUGAUGUCUCCUGCUUGCAUCCAAAUGCCCGCAGGUUGAGAAGAUGUAAAGAAUCCAGACUGAGUUACUUUUAAAGUAUGACGGAUGCAGGAUUGUGCUACAUGACGAUCGUGACUGCUCUCACUGAUAUUUCUGCCCGCUGCUGGCGGUCAGCCCUUUCUUCUAAAAGCACGCACAGCAUUGGUCACGGGACAAGUGAGUGCGCAGAGAGUGCCUUGAGGGUGUGGGGUUUCUAACCCCGAAGCCUGCUGUCCCUUCCUUAUUGCACUCCAGAAGCCUCUGGGUUUGGAGGUUUAGAGCAUGUUAACAGAGUUACUGCUUCUGCACGUUGUCCUGCUCCAAGGGCACUGCGUUUUUGCCGUCUUUUGCCAUUCUUCACUAUGCCUGGUAUUGUUUCUCUGUAAUAUAAGUAGGGUAGCUAUUCAGAUAUAUCCCCAUGAGAACGCACAAAAAGUUACCAUGAAAAGCUUGAUGUCAAACCUCUUUAUGUUGGUUUUAGAAAGUAAACACUUUCUGUAUUUUACAAUUUAACUCUUACCUGGUGGAAUUCAUCCUGUACUACACAUACUGACAGCUUUGGGGAGUUUCUCCUCGUCCUCCACCUCUGUCCAAAGUGCUGAUCAAGGUAGUAAUGAAGCGUCUUUACCAAGAAUUUCAGGGCACACCUGUGAGACAUGUGAAGUAUGCUAGCCAGGGGCAGAUAGGUAGGAUGACUUAGGUACCAGCUGGAAGAGCGCCAGGAAUGGGAAACACUGCCAGACAGGGCUCCACACACAGCGCCGGGGAAACAGUGCCCCUGUCAUGGAAGUGGUGGAGCUGUGCUCGUGGACAGUGAGGGUGAGUCCACUCAGCCUCAGCGCACGGUGGUCGGAGGGGCAGAGCAGCGAGCUACGGGUCUGAACAGGGAGGGCUGAAAAUGCCGGGGGUCCUAGCGGAAACAAACUUAGAACUAUGUACGUUAAUUAUUUUGUUAUUUUACAGUCUUUAUGUUUAUAAUAUCUAGAUCAGAUAUUCUUGUUAAACAAGUAUAAUCACAUAGUAAGAGCUUAAGAUUAUGAAUCCAAAAAAGGUUUCUGUUCAAGAUCAUGUUCACUCUAAAUACACUACCGGACAUCUCGUCAGCUUUUAAUACUGUUUCAGUGGAAAUAAGAUACUGUGUGCCCUUCAUAGUAAUAAAAUCCUGAUCUUCAAGCAUGGACCUAAAACGUAAAUGUUUAUAUGCAGAGACUCUUAACUUUACAAAAUUACUAAUUUCUCAAAUAGUGCAUAUUUGAAUUACAAGUAACUUUUUAGGAAUACCUCUUUGUAUAUGUAAGUACGUUAGCAUAUACAGACAGAUAAUGCUCUUAGACACUUUGUAAUCAUUGUCUGAACAGUAGUUACAAGAUCGUGUGUAAUAUUAUGAUUAACUGUCAUAAAGUAUAAAGACUUGAUACCUUUUCUCUCUCAGAUAACUCUAAUGAACACUUAAGGUACUUUAUUUAGCCUUUUAGAAAGUUGAAAUUUAGCUCAUGGAUAUAUUUUUUUUAUAGGAAAACAUUGGGAUAUCCUUUUCUUACUUUUACCUAGAAUGCCUCUGUUUAUGAGUGCCUUGAAAACAAAUUAACUCCCUUUCUUCAUUAUUACCUAUAAAGCUAAGGAUUUUCUAGAACUUAAGAGAAAGUUUUAAAGGAGUCUGCAGCCAGCUGCUUCAUUUCCACUUUGCUGUUUUCCAGAGUCAUUCAUACCUAUGAAUGGAAGAAUGCUUUUAUGUUUAUUGACAACACGCUUAAUGUUUCCAUAAAUAUGUUAACAAACCUUUUUUUAGCUGCAUUUAUCAUCUGUUUUAGGUCUUCAUUAUUAAAUUUGAAAAUGUAAUAUCUCUUAUUGGGAGAAUAAUUACGUUUUCACUGAUUUUUUUUUUUAACCUCUGUUUCUCCCAAUAGAAAUUAGCCCUAAAUGUACUGGUAAGUUUUGUAUUCAAAUUUUACUUAAUUUUUCUGGCUUAUGAAGGGGUUAAAAGAAAGAGUUCACCUAAAAGAUUCCAUUUCCAGUUCUAUAAUAUAUUUUAGGUUUUGAAUCACAAUAUUUUUCCAAAUUAAAAGUAUAACAUUUGGGAAGCUGAUAGCCCCGCUACAGUUUAGUCCUUCUGUUACCAUUCUAAGCAAAAUUCACUUCUAUAUUAAAGCUGUGCUUUAAAAAAAAUUACAUAAAAAAUUAGGUUGUUAUCUUUUUUAUAACUAGAUCAAAAGAUACUAAAUCUCACAUCAGUAUGUAUUAUAAUAAGCCGUACACAAAGGGUUCUUUCCUCUAGUAGGACAUGUUCUUGCUUGGUGGUUUUUCGUCCCUCAACCCCAUAACAUCUAAUUAUUACUGAAACUGUACUUGGUGGCACCAAAUCAAAUGAUGAUUCAGACACAGCAAGUCUUUGUUUACAUAGAUGCUAUAAAACAGAUACCUUCAUUUAGAAAUAUGAUUUCUAAAGUGUCAGAAAACAAAACAGAUAAAAUAUUAGAAUAUUUUAAUAAUUAUUUAUAAAUCAAAGUAGCAUCAAAACAGAGAAAAGAAACUAAGACUUCUGAAAAAUGAGAUAAAUAUAAAUAAGCCACAUAUUUAAAGUUUGUUAUCAUGAAAGCUUCUUGGAAGAGUUUUAGAAUCUCUUAUGCAUUCCCAAGAGUUUUAUGUUUGUUGUAUUUUACACGCUCCUACAACAUACAAAAUUAUGUAUUUUUCUUUGGUUGUCCCUAUAAACAAAAAAUAUUUUAAUAAAAAAUCAAGAUGAGAGCGUCA